GACGCGCGCGUCCUCGAUCUGCAUCACGGGUACCCGGACCAGCAGACGCGUUCGUACUUUGCGACUUCUGUCGGUGCACGCUGGUAUUCUCUCAAUCCCAUCUCCACUCUGCACCACACGCUACCACGCGCCCCAUCGUAGCCGUCGCGGCUCGCCCGAGAGCAUCAUCUCUGGGCCGCUUCCGGCUGGGGCUGCAUCAUUCGCUCUCCUUUCGACGCAUUACCAUUCGUCGAAGCAGCACGCACGCGCCCCAUUCUGGACGGGCAUAACAAUCUAUACGUUGCAGUGAAGCGUUGCAACGACUCGUCCGGAACACUCGCGCGACACUCUACCCGCAAGCACACUCCCGCUGCAUCGUGGCUGACUGGUGAUAUCUCCAGCAGAAGAGAGACGAGGAUCGAGACACGACGUCUACUUGUGAGCUCCGCUUUGAGCGAACGCGGUCUCUGUGCUACGCUGGCUCUUCCAAUCGAGGGUUCGCUCUGGUAGCCCAAGGCGAGAUGGCGUACUACAAUCAAGGACCUGGCAACGGUUACGGCUUUCAAGGGGAUUCGAGCAGUUCAUCAGGGCCGCCGCCCUCGAGCCACCAUGUCAGCUCCGAGUCGCAGCAUCACCAUUACCCGCCACACCCUGCAGCAGGUCCGUCUAUGCAGCAAAGCUAUCCAUGUCCCAAUUGCGGCAAGGCUUUCGCAAGAGAUGACCUGCUGCGUCGACAUUUAGCUCGCGAAGCACGCGCCAUGGCUCAGCCUUCUUUUGACCGGCAAAAAUCUUGUCAGUCUUGUGCUGCGAGCAAGGCAAGAUGUGACCUAGAGGUGCCUACAUGCGGGCGGUGUCGGGCGAGGGGCAAACUUUGUGUCUAUGGCGCGCGCUCCGGCAAUCCCAACGUCAGGAGAGCGCAGCGAGACUCGGCAAUGCCGAGUGGCUGGCACCCUGGUCAGCAGGCAGCAGUUGCUUCGCCAAGCUGGUCAGGUGGUCCUGGCUCCGGCUCCAUGUAUGGGGUCAACCCGGCUAGUACGCCGUCACUUCCUCCCACGCCUGGCUUUGCGCCAGAAGGAUCGGGUGAUGAUUACUCGUCCUCAGAAGAUUCGCGAGGAUGGUCGUCCUCCGACCAGUACAAUCAGUACCGCAAUGCUCGCUCCUACUCCGUUGGAAAUAGCGACUCCGAAAGCUUAGCAAGCGAAUUUCAUUCCCAGCAUGGAAGCUUUUCCUACGGAGACGCUGCGCAUCAGCAGCAACGGCCACCGGCAGGCUCGACGCUCGUCUCGAGCUUCGCGCCCUCGUUUGCACCUCCUGCUCGCACAGAUUCACCAGCUUCCUUUUCCCAAGGCGGCAGCACUGCCUCUCAGCGCGGGUUCGCUCGCGGAGGCCAAAGCGGCUCCAUCGACACCAGCGUGAGGCCUUUUCAGGCGGAUGAGGGCGAGGAAACACCAAUAGCAGGAGGCACCGCCGCUGCUGGGAUCACAGGCCUGCCAGCCGCGCCUCAGCAUGCUAACACCAUCCCUGGAGCUAUGGGACCCCCAACUAUUCCUCGCGGUGCUCGCAAUGCCAGUGCGCCAUUCAGCGGCGAAUCGAUACCACCAACCGGCUACUCAAAUUUCGAUACUCUACAGGGCGCCGGUGCUCCCGGCAGCAGACCUCAACCCCCAAGGCUGCUCACUGGUAGCCGCAUGCCAGUGCCAGGCGCAUCCACCCUGCCCGGCCUGCAGACGGCUUUUGGCAGUGGACGACCGCUAUUCAGUGCUCAGUUGGACCUAAGCGGUUGGCUCGAGGAGCCCGUCGUGCCGUCGCCGCUGUACCGCAUGGGGCCGAGCCUGUCAGCCCUCGGCGCAGCAGCCCACUCUUUUCUCCCACCAACCCCGACCUCGGACGCUUCAGCGAACGCUACGCGCCAAGCACUUGGUGGUGGUGGAGUCCGCGAGGCUGGUCUUCGGUCCAUGUCGGACCCGACGGUCGAGAAUGCCACAAACAGCUCUGCCGAUGUUGGCAUGGCUGGCGAAGAUGCAGCGCAGCGCACCAUAGGCCAGGUAUCGCCCGAAGAGCUCAGUGCUCGUCAUUGGUGGCAGAAGCGCGACCUCGCCAGGGAUGCCGACGUGAGAGGCCAAGUCGCAAGCGUAUGUGCUGGGCACUUUACCCUUUAUCCCGCUCUACUGGUGCUGCCGGAUCCCACGUCACCGGUGCCUCCGCUGUUUCACAGGCCGUGGAUGGCGCAGUCACGCUUGGCUACACCAUCCACUCUGGCCAUCGCUCGUGUCAUCAUCGCAGGCUACCACACCCGGUUGCCCGCAAGCGAAGGCUUCGUCUGGGAGCAGCUGGUGACACAAGCUUGCAGGCUUACGAGCCAAGUGGAUAUCAUCGCUGCCAAUGGAGACGACAACGACGUAUACGCUGCUACUGCUGCACUUUGGCUUUACGUGGUUCUCCUCUUGAUGAUGUCGGAGCCGCCGCCAGGAGUCAAGGUGCCAGCAGACACUACUCCCAAGUUCGACAUCUCGAGUCAAACACCACAUCAGGUACACGUGCAAGUCGUUGAUGACGGUUUGGUAGCCUUAUCCACGUUAGCGCGCACACUGUCUGCUGGGGUCAAAAGGUUGGAGGCCGAGCGCGAGGCAUCUCGCGCCGAGUUCCUCGCAUGGGGCUUCGAAGAGACUCUGCGACGAAUCCUCUUUGCGACGUACGCCCUGCUCGUCCUGCAACGCUUGAGGGAGAGCGACGCCAGCGUUCAGUCCAAAUUGGCAGGUGCAGACUUGGUCUUGGACGUCAGUCUACCAGCCGGCGCGACCGAGUUCGAGGCUGGCGUGGAGCUGGAGUGGAGGGCGGCACAAGCAGCUAUCGGUUCUGAACGCCUCACACUCAGAAAGCUCCUUGCCGAAAGAGGAGCAGAAAGCGCGAGCGCGGUGUCUAAAGCGUACUUUGAUCGACACGAUGAUUUCACAAACGCCGUCCUCACCGUAGCUUUCGCCUUGGAUGACAAGCUGGACCCUAACGCUUGAGGAUCCGGAGCAACGAAGUUCUCUUCAGCCCCUCGCCUGCACCCUCUCGAUCACCGGUCGUCUUCCACCCACCCCUCUAUUGUUCACACACACACACACACACACACACACGCACACUCUCCCUUCUGUAAACAAAUCACGGACGCUGCUCGCUUUUCCGCACGCCAAGCUCCCGUCGCUCCUUCACCGCUGCUUGGUCUCUUGUACCUCCUCUUGCCUUCUCGCUGUACCCAUCGCACAUCGUACCUCGUAAGUUACCCCUCUCGCCAACGGCUACGUUUGAAAUUCGUUGUUGAUUG